AUGAAGGAAUCCCCAAGUCUGGCUUACAGCAAAAAUAUUCAAGAAUAUGAACUAAACAAUAAAAAGUACAGGCCGGAUUCUCGAAUUUAUGCAUACAAGUACACUAAACCUAAAAGCAUCCAAGUUAUAGAGUUGUUCACAUUAGAGACUCAGAAAAAGGCAAUCUUCCCUUUUGAAAAUAAUUUCCAGAAAAAGGCAGAGAAAGUGGACAACACGCAAAUGGGCGGCGUUCACAACCAU